CUUCACCAGCCCGCGUCCGGCCACCACGACGCCAGUGGGCAGCAGCACCCCCACACCCGAGGACUGUGAUUCUUCCCUCUGCGAGCUCAUCAAGGACAGUUUGUUCACCGAGUGCCACGCCCUGGUGCCCCCCCAGCAGUACUAUGACGCCUGCGUGUUCGACAGCUGUGUGGUACCCAACUCGGGCAUGGAGUGUGCCAGCCUGCAGACCUAUGCUGCCCUCUGUGCUCACGAGGGCGUCUGCAUCGACUGGCGGAACCACACCCAGGGGGCCUGCCCGGUGACUUGCCCGUCUCACAGGGAGUACCGGGCCUGUGGUCCUGCCGAGGAGCCCACCUGUGGGUCCAGCUCCUCGCUGCAAAAUGACACAGGCCUGGUGGAAGGCUGCUUCUGCCCCGAGGGCACCACCAGCUAUGCCCCUGGCUUUGAUGUCUGCGUGGAGUUCUGCGGCUGUGUGGGACCUGAUGACGUGCCCAGAAAGUUUGGGGAGCGCUUUGAGUUCGACUGUAAGGACUGCGUCUGCCUGGAGGGUGGAAGAGGCAUCAUCUGCCAGCCCAGGAAGUGCAGCCAGAAGCCCCUGUCUGAGUGCAAGGAGGACGGCACCUACCUGGUCACGGAGGUCAACCCCGACGACACCUGCUGCACCAUCACCUCCUGCAAGUGCAAUGCCGGCCUCUGCAGAGAGAAGCCCCCUGUGUGCUCGCUGGGAUUCGAGCUGAAGAGCGAGAUGGUCCCCGGAAGGUGCUGCCCCCUCUACUCGUGUGUGCCCAAGAACGUGUGUGUUGUUGGGAAUGCUGAGUACCAGCCCGGCUCUCCAGUUUACUCCUCCAAGUGCCAGGACUGCGUGUGCACCGGCAGCAGGAACAGCACCACGCAGCUCAACGUCAUCUCCUGCACCCACGUGCCCUGCAGCACGUCCUGCAGCCCCGGCUACGAGCUUGUGGAGGCCCCUGGGGAGUGCUGCAUGAAGUGUGAGCAGACCCACUGCAUCAUCAACCAGCCCAGCGGGCAGUACAUCCUGAAGCCCGGGGACAGAAAGAGGGACCCCACCAACAACUGCACCUUCUUCAGCUGCAUGAAAACCAACAACCAGUUCAUCUCGUCCAUCUCCAACAUCACCUGCCCGGAAUUUGAUGCCAGCGCCUGCCUCCCGGGCUCCGUCACGCUCAUGCCCAACGGCUGCUGCAGGAAGUGCAUCCUUCGCAAUGAGACCAGGAUCCCCUGCUCCACCAUCCCCGUUACCAAGGAAAUUUCACAUGCCGGCUGCAGCAAGUUGGUGACCAUGAACUACUGCUCCGGGUCAUGCGGGACCUUCGCCAUGUACUCUGCCGAGGCCCAGGCCCUGGACCACAGGUGCACCUGCUGCAAGGAGGGGCGCACGAGCCAGCGGAAGGUGGUGCUGGACUGUCCCCACGGCGGCUCGCGGGACUACACCUACACGCACAUCGAGAGCUGCCUGUGCCAGGACACCAUGUGCAAGCUCCCGCCGACCCCGGGCACUGGCCCUACAGCCCUGCCUCCAUCGAAGGG